AUGGAGAUGAACAUGUUGCUUUUUGCGGUGGAAUGGGUAUACACUAACCUGAAGUUAUCGGACGUGGCUUUAGCUCUAGUAGGGCUUUUUCUUCUUAGUUACUUGCGCGAGAAGCUACUAAGCAAAGGAGGGCCAGUGAUGUGGCCAGUGCUGGGAAUCACACCGAUGUUAGCCCUAAACAAAGACGAUUUGUUUGGUUGGUGCACCAGAGGCCUGGUCAGAGCGGGUGGGACUUUCCCUUACAGAGGAGUUUGGUUCGGUGGGUCUUAUGGUAUCAUGACCGCAAAUCCUGCAAACGUCGAACACAUUGUCAAAACCAAUUUCAAAAACUACCCAAAGGGUAAGUUUUAUAGACAGAGCUUUCGUGAUCUUCUUGAGGAUGGGAUCUUUAACGCUGAUGAUGAGCUUUGGAAGGAAGAGAGACGUGUGGCUAAAACAGAGAUGAAUACUUCUCGUUUCUUGGAGCACACGUUUACUACAAUGAGAGACCUGGUGGACCAGAAGCUGGUGAAGCUGAUGGAGAAGAUGGCUAAGUCUAAGAGAGUCUUUGAUCUACAAGACGUGCUCCUGCGUUUCACCUUCGACAACAUCUGUAUCUCUGCCUUUGGGGUUGAUCCGGGUUCGUUAGAGAUCGAUCUACCAGAGAUUCCUUUCGCUAAGGCUUUUGAGGAAGCUACAGAGUACUCACUCGUAAGGUUUCUGACGCCUACUUUUGUGUGGAAACCGAUGAGGUUUCUAGGGAUUGGUUACGAGAGAAAACUGAAGAAAGCGAUUAGAAUCGUUCACGCGUUUGCGAAUAAGACAGUGAGAGAGAGGAGGAACAAGAUGAGGAAACUCGGGAACUUGAACGAUUACUCUGAUCUCUUGUCACGCCUUAUGCAAAGAGAGUACGAGAAAGAAGAAGAUACCACCAGAGGGAACUACUUUUCAGACAAGUACUUCAGAGAGUUCUGCACAAGUUUCAUUAUCGCUGGUCGAGACACCACAUCGGUGGCCCUUGUCUGGUUCUUCUGGCUAGUUCAGAAACAUCCCGAAGUCGAGAAGAGAAUCCUAACCGAAAUCAGAGAGAUUCGUGGGAAACGUACAGCGCAAGAAACCACAGACUGGUUCGAGGCAGAAGAGCUUAGGGAAAUGGUUUAUCUUCAAGCUGCUUUGACAGAGUCACUGAGGCUUUACCCUUCGGUGCCAAUGGAGAUGAAACAAGCUUUACAAGACGAUGUGUUACCCGAUGGGACGAGGAUCAAGAAAGGUGCUAGGGUUCACUACUCCAUUUUCUCGAUGGGGAGGAUAGAGUCGAUUUGGGGUAAAGAUUGGGAAUAUUUCAAACCAGAGAGAUGGAUCAAAGAAGGAAGAGUUGUGAGUGGAGAUCAGUUCAAGUACGUUGUGUUCAACGCAGGUCCAAGGCUUUGUGUUGGGAAGAAGUUUGCUUAUACACAGAUGAAAAUGGUGGCUGCAACAAUCUUGAUGAGGUAUUCAAUCAAAGUCGUUGAAGGACAAGAGAUUGUUCCCAAGCUCACCACCACGUUGUACAUGAAGAACGGUCUUCUUGUUACCCUCCAGCCCCGCAACUGUUAA